AUGUCUUACUACGGAAACCAGGGCGGCUAUGGUGGUGACCAGGGCUACAACCAGGGUGGCUACAACCAGGGCUACGACCAGGGCUACAACCAGGGCGGCUACAACCAGCCCCAGGGCGGCUACGACCAGGGCUACAGCCAGGGCGGCUAUGGUGGCAACCAGGGCUAUGGCCAGGACGACUUUGACGAGAACGCUAGCGUUGACCAGCUUGCUCGCCAGUUCCUCGGCGACUCUGCCAACGCUGACGCCCUGAGCGGCCUGUAUGUGCCCGAGACCAGCGCCCGCGACCUUGGCGACUUUGAUCCCGAUGACAUUGAGCGCAGCUUCCGCGAGUUCCAGGAUGCCGGCGGCGAGGGCGAGCGCGGCCUGUUUGGCUUCGGCAACGGCCCGGGCAAGUCCAAGAAGAGCCACCAGCUUAUUGGUGGUGCUGCCGCAUGGAGCGCUCUCUCGUGGUACCAGCAGCGCCAGAAGAACCAGGGCAAGAAUGUCAAGCACUCGACCAUGAAGAAGCUGCUCGUUGCCUUCGCCACUGCCAAGGCCAUCAAGUACUGGGAGAAGUCGGGCGGUGCCCAGUCUGGCAUGCCCCGCGAGGUCGUCAUUGAGCAGGCGACCCGCGAUGCCGCCAACCUGGCCGAGACCAAGUUCGCCGAUGACUCGCAGCCCAAGUACUCCUACCAGCAGCAGCACGGUGGCGAGGCUGACACCUUUGACAGCUAUGGCGGAGGCAACCAGGGCGGCCACCAGCAGGGUGGCUACCAGCAGGGCGGCUACAACCAGGGUGGCUACCAGCAGGGCGGCUACGGCUACUAA